UGUGGGGGGAGCCUGGGGGGCAGCAGAGUUACUGAGCAGGACAUCAGGAAGCGAUCAUACGAUCAUUCAUGUGACUGCAGCGCGGAAGCAGGAACUCAAAUGGCAUUAAAGAGUCGGGGAAGCAGCCGGUGCAGCCCGGGCACCGAGAGCAGCUGUGCACGGGGUGAGCUCGGGAGGAUGAGGGCGGCUGUGUGCAGCUCUGUGUGGCUGUGGCUGGGGUUGGUGUUGGUGUUGGGUUGUCAGCGAGUGUCGGGCGGCGCUGCACACAGAUCAGGAGCACAGACAUGGCCGGUGCCUUACAAGCGAUUUGAUCAUCGUCCUAAACCGGAUCCAUACUGCCAGCCCAUUUACCCAUUCUGCCCCAAAGGCUCUUCUAAUGGGGAGAUUCCUCAGAUGAAGGACCAAGACAUUAUUGAGGUUUACCGACUUCAGACACCGGUGUGGGAGUUCAAAUUCGGAGAUCUGCUUGGACAUUUUCAUAUUAUGCAUGACGCAAUUGGAUUCCGCAGCAGUUUUACUGGUAAAAAUUACACAAUGGAAUGGUAUGAGCUAUUUCAGCUUGGAAAUUGUACCUUCCCACAUCUUCGACCAGAACUGGAGACUCCUUUUUGGUGCAAUCAGGGGGCUGCCUGUUUCUUCGAGGGAAUAGAUGAUUUACACUGGAAAGAAAACGGGACCUUGGUAAAAAUAUCUGAAAUAACAGGUGAAAUAUUUAACAGAAUGGCCAAGUGGGUGAAGGAAGAUAAUGAAACUGGCAUAUACUACGAGACUUGGACUGUUCAUGCUAGUGGUGCUCCAAAUGCCACUGUGUGGUUUGAAUCCUAUGACUGUUCAAAGUUUGUAUUGAGAACUUACCAAAAACUGUUCGAAUUUGGUGCUGUCUUGAAGAGCCCCAUACAAACCAACUAUACCAGAUUAUAUCUCUAUAGUGGAGAACCCAUGUACCUUGGAAAUGAUACAAUAUUUGGACCAAAUGGUACCAAGAUUUUAGCAGCACAAAUUCGCUCCUUCUAUUUUCCAUUUAGACCUCAUCAGCAUGUGAAGGAACUGAUGGAAUCUUUGUUGGAAAUAAUUGCGGAGGUUUUACUGGAGAAAACAUUCUAUUUGUACUUCAAUUUUGAAUAUUGGCUCCUACCAAUGAAAUUUCCUUAUAUUAAAAUAAUAUAUGAAGAGAUCCCUCUGCCAUCGAAAUAAAAUACUUUCACAUCGAACGUUAGAAUGACCCACAGAAAAAUACAAGAAUCCAGGGUUUUGACUUUUUUUGUAUGUCCAAUCUUUAAUGGGAAUCCAUUUGCAUUAUUGCUCUGCUGUUGUGCAUGAAAAUUCCGUAAAUUGCUCUCAUUUUUGUCCUUUUCAUGUUCAUGAAUCUUUGUGCAUCAGUAAAAAUUUAAAAAUCAGACCUCAAAUUGGAGAGCUGUUAUAGCAGAGGGAUGGUCAAUAAAAGUUUUUUUUGUAUAGAAA